AUAAAAUUGCGCGCCACUGUAGUGUCAACCUUGUUGCGGAAAGAGGAGAGAUAAACCGCCGUUCUCGUCGUCUCCGGCAACGGCGCCGUUCACUGCGAAUUCCGAUCGACGAAUUAUCGGUUAACGUAAACCAAUUCUACUAAAAAUUUCCGUUUAAGAAAAUGUUGAUUCAGUUCAUUUGAAGUAUUUUCAAUUUAUAGAGUUGAGAUCGAGGAACCAGCUGGGACUUUGUGGUCAAGUAAUUGACAUUUGCCACAAACACUGAUGGGUAUGAAGCUUUAUGACUCGUAGAUAAUACAUUGCAAGGUCGGUUUGGAGAAAAAAUCAGUUUGUAGGGUAAGACAUACGCGGUUGGCUAUGUUGAUGUUUGAGAGAUUAGAUGAACACAGGCGUGAUUAUCAAGUUUACGAUACACGGUUUAAGAAUUAAGAUAGUAGUGACAGUGGGGUGCAAUAAUUGUGGAGAAAAUGCUAUGAACGUAAAGCAACAAACAGAAAGAAAAAAAAAAAAAAAAAACUCUGUGCACUCAGGUCCACGUCCGUGUCCAAAUCCAUGCACAUAUUGAGAAUAAAAUGGCAUUUUUAGUAGAAAGAAGUGAUCCUCUUCUUCAUCUUCAUCAUCAACAUCAUCAACAUCAAAGCAUUCAUCAACAUCAUCAUCAUCUUAAUCCAGAACAGCAACAACAACAGCAACAGGAAAUGGUGUUUUCAGUAUCAGAAUCACAAAAGUCAGUUCCUGCACCUUUCUUAACAAAGACAUACCAGCUUGUUGAUGAUCCUCGUACAGACCACAUUGUUUCUUGGGGUGAAGAUGAGACUAGUUUUGUUGUUUGGAGGCCUCCUGAGUUUGCUAGAGAUCUUCUUCCUAACUACUUCAAACACAACAACUUCUCCAGUUUUGUUAGACAGCUUAACACCUAUGGUUUCAAGAAGGUAGUUGCAGAUAGGUGGGAGUUUGCAAAUGAGUACUUCAAAAAAGGGGAGAAACACCUAUUAUGUGACAUCCAUAGAAGAAAAACUCCACAACACCACCACCAAAUUCACUACCAAGAUCAAGUACUAAUCCCACCACAUUACCUCCCUUCUUCACCGCCGCCCGACGAAAGCGGUGGUUCUUGGAUAAACAUUGAUCACCACCACCACCACCAUCAGUCGUCUUCUCCGUUACCGUCACCCAAACCCACCACCACCGGCGGAGGCGGUCCUAACACCGACAUCCUAACGGCGUUAACGGAAGACAACCAAAGGCUAAGGAAGAGGAACUUCAUGCUAGUAUCUGAACUCAACCACAUGAAAACCCUAUACAAUGACAUUAUCUACUUUAUCCAAAACCAUGUUAAACCAGCUGCUCCUAAUAGUAGUAAUGGAAAUGACCAAAAUCGCCCUCCUAAUAAUAAUAAUAAUAACUACAAUGCCAUGGCUGCAGCUCAACCUAAGCUCAUAGAGUUGGAUAAUGAUGAUCGAGAUAAUCACGGCGGCGGCGGUGGCGAUUCGAGUAAUAAUAGAGAGACUAUUAAGCUGUUUGGAGUCCCUCUUCAUAGCAAGAAGAGAUUGCACUUAGCUAGCUGAUUAAGGAAACUAAUUAGUAAUUAAUUAGUACUAUGUUAAUUAAGCACUGUUAUUUUAGCUAGAUUGGCUAGGUUUUUAACUUAGUAGAGUUUUUUCUCAUUUUUAAUUUUGUAAGAUCCAUCAGAUGUGAAGUUUUGGUUAAUUACAUAAAAGAAGUGCUUAAUUAAGUUCAUCAUCA